CACGCGUUUCAGAAGUAGUGAGGAAAUACGCUAGUCACGUCUGUUUGCUGCCUGAGAGACAGAAGUGAUUUCAACUGGACCUGCUCUGAAAAAAAAAAAAAAAAAAAAAAGCACCAUGUCUCAGGCCGACUUUGAUAAAGCUGCUGAGGAGGUCAAGAAUUUGAAAUCUCAGCCCGCAGACCAGGAAAUGCUGGAGAUUUACAGUUUGUUCAAACAAGCGACAGUUGGAGAUGUCAACACGGCACGGCCUGGCAUGUUGGACUUCAAAGGAAAAGCCAAGUGGGAUGCCUGGGAGGCUCGUAAAGGAAUGGGCAAGGAAGAUGCAAUGAAGGCCUAUAUUGCCAAAGUUGAAGAACUAAAAUUAAAAUACGGCAUUUAAAGACUGUCAGUGUUCAUCAGAACAAACACUUGGCCUGCAACCUCUGUGUCUGUUUUUUGCAGUGCGAUUUGCCUUAAUGAAUAUCCCUGGUAUGUUGCGUGUUAGAUGACAGGUGCUGUGGUGACUCUGUUAAAAAAAAACUCCAAACAGGAACCACCUCUGAGAGGCUGUCCACCAGCAUUUUGUUUAAUGAUAUGUAGAAACAAACCACUUGAUCAUGUUCUCGUAUUUGUUAAAGACAAAAUAAAUCUUGUCUUUUUUUUA